AGAUGCUGGACACCCUGAGCAGCCAGUACGACUCCUUCAUCUACUGGCGGAUGCCGAUCCCGCGGCUGGACGCGGCCGAGCUCGAGGGGCUGGGGCUCGCCGACGGGGCCCUCUACAAGCCCAAGGCAGCCCUGGGCAAGCGCCCCAGUGAGCGGAAGGCGGCCGAGGAGGAGGAUGACACCCUGCUGCAGUUCAACAGCUUCCACUUCUGGAGGGCCCCCAUCGCCAGCAUCAGCCCCUUGGAUUUCGAUCUCAUCUGA